AUGUUCGGCGUCUGUACCAGUCUGGGUAUCGGCGCCAUGCAACUCAACACAGGUCUUCAUAGAAUGAACACGAACAUUCCAAUUCAUGUGAACACGCAGAUCAUCAUCAUCUGGGUCAUUACUCUGAUGGCUACAGCUUCAGUCGUCAGCGGUCUCAAAGUCGGCAUCAAACUGCUCAGCGAAAUCUGCUUUCUCAUCGGCAACUUCAUCAUGCUUAUUUGGUUGUUCUACGACGACACGUGGUACAUGCUCAACGCCGUUGUUCAGAGCGUCGGUUAUUACUUUCAGAACAUCAUCGGCUUAGGGUUCCAUACGGACGCUUUUGCUCAGAUGAACAACGCUCCCGAUGGAAAGUCCGCUCCAAACUGGCUCAACGACUGGACCAUCUUCUACUGGGGCUGGUGGAUCGCCUGGGCUCCAUUCGUCGGCAUGUUCAUCGCCAAGAUCUCCCGCGGUCGAACCAUCAAACAGUUCAUCAUGCACACCAUGACCGUCCCAAUACUGUACGUUUUCCUCUGGUUCGGCAUGUUCGGAGCCGCUGGCAUCAAGAUGGAAAGAGAGGCCGUCCUAGCCAAUAUCACCUGCGAUUCUGAAUUCGGAGGAAAAAAUUCCAGCGCAUCAUUCAACGGGUUGUACCGGUUGUCUUGCAGAGCCUCGACGGACAUGUGGUUUGAUCUAAUGGAAAGUUUCCCUGCUCUGUAUCCCUCCCUGGCUAUCAUCUCUCUCAUCGGUAUCAUCCUCUACUUCGUCACCAGCUCAGACAGCGGUUCUCUCGUCAUCGACAGUUUAUCAGCCAAUGGACACCCAGAUCCUCCGCGAACGCAGCGAAUCUUUUGGGCACUCACUGAAGGGGCAUGUGCCACGGGCCUGUUGGUGUCCGGAGGAGACCAAGCUCUCAAAGCCCUCAGGGUUGUCUCCAUCGCCGCCGGACUCCCCUACACGAUUGUCCUGAACUUCAUGUGCAUCGCACUUUGGCGAGUGUUACAAAUUGAAGGAGGAGACCUCGACCCGAACGGACCUACUUUCUCUCACGAUCUGUUCAAUGUAUUUGAAAAUGCCAAGCGGUUUACUUCAUUCUUAGUAUCCAUCAUUGCUCCAUGGUUCCAUAUAGGACGAGCACACUCCAUAAUAACAAAUUCCAGAGGAUGGAUGAAUAUGUUCGUUCUGGCGUUCCUCUUCUACGCGUCAGUUGCCUUGGUGAUCUUGGAGGCGGCGUAUAGCGGUCUUGCCUACAUCGGCGCUGCGGUGUACUUCGGUUUUGCUGGAGCCGCGGCGAGAACAAGGAUACAGAUGAGAGAGGAUCAUGGGAUAAACGGAAAUAUGAUUGAGGACUAUUUCGCCGUUUUGAUUCUGUAUCCAUUCGCCGCUCUUCAGAUGUAUGACCACGUGUGGGAAGGCAUGGACAUGGAGGAAAUGAAUGGAACGUCUCAAGCCAUGACGGAUUUACCACCGAAAUAUGGGGAUACUCAAUACGGUCUUGAAAAUGACGGUUAUCAGAAUGGAACCGAGAUAAAUGGUGGUAACAAAGAGGCCGAAUACGACAACUCAAAGCUGUGA